AAAAUAUAUUAAGAAGUGAAGAUUAUACAAAGCUUUAUAUUAAGAAGUGAAGUAAUUUCGUUACGUGGAGUUAUAUAUUUUUACCUAGUAAGAUCUUAUUACAAUGUAUAUUCAAAUUUUAUAGCCAAUAAUUAAUUACCUUUUAGAACAUAUACCUAUUAAUUAUCUAUUAGGUAUGUUGUCAAACAAGAUGUCUUCUCUUAGCGAAACAAUGUGAACUUAUAACAUUAUCAGAAAUGUUUGUUAGGAAGUAAUUUUUAGUGAUUGGAUUAAAAAUCAACAAUGAAUGGGGAUCAGUAAUUAUAUAUGGCAUAAUGGCUAUUCAUAAUGAUACAGUAAACUUUUGCGAUGAGAAUAAACACCUCGAUGUAAGUGUCGUGGAAGAGAUCAAUGGCCUGGAGAUAGUCGAAGAUACUUCGGACAGUGAGGAUGGGCCAGAACAGACGGUGUCUAAUGCGGUCUCUGCCAUCUCUAGGCCUAACGUGCCGCCUGUGUUCGGCUCUGUUACCGUAAGCAACUCAGAGAACGUCCAGUUUGGAAACAAUACAUAUUUCCAAGGUCCCGUUGUCAUAAAGCAAAUUAUUCAUAAUAAAUCUGGCAUUGAAAAUGUCUCAUACGAUAGAACCGGUGAUGAGAAUGUUUCACCACCACAUAAAAGCCAGAAAGAUCCUGAUAUUGACAAUGAUUCUCAAAAAUUUGUUCUCAAGACAUGGCACAAACUGACAAUAGCUUUAACUGCCUUAGUGGUACUAAUCAGUUGUGCCAUAGUGUUUGGCAUACCUAAAGGGUCAAAUGGACCUUUUCAUGAGCACUCAAGCAGACUGGUGGCGGGCUCAUGUCAUGAAUACUCAUCAGAACUUAGACUGGUCGCGAUUGUUGUGACACCACUCAUUUCGGCGUGGCUAUCGUACUGUCUACUAACCAUGAAUUUGCGGUUUUCGUUUAGAUUCCUAAGGUGGCAUGCAGUGAAUAGGACCGCUAAAAAGAAACCAAAAGAUAUAGCAGGCGCGCCAGGAGAUCUGCUGAUAGCUCCUAAUCAUUUGAGGAUCGUGUCGCGGAUGGAGUGGUUGGCUCAGCCGGAAACAGGGCCUCUGGAUAAGCUACGGCUGCCAGCUCCGUGGGUCGUUAUUACUCACACGGCUACCAACUUUUGUUACAACCAGAGCAGCUGCGUGUACAACGUGCGGCUUGUGCAGGAGUACCACAUCGGGUCGCGCGGGUGGUACGACAUCGGCUACAACUUCCUCGUCGGCGGCGACGGCUCCGCCUACUGCGGCCGCGGCUGGGACUUCGAGGGCGCCCACACGCUCGGCUACAACAAGUACAGUAUCGGCAUCGCCUUCAUAGGCACCUUCUCCCAGGAGGCCCCGCCUCAGAAACAGCUCGAUGCCUGCAAGAAACUCAUCCACCUAGGCGUCGCUUCUGGUAAAAUCGCCAAAGACUACAAACUGUUUGCCCAUAGUCAACUGACGGCGUGGGAGAGCCCCGGAAAGAAGCUCGUCGAAAUACUGCGCGAGUGGCCACAUUUUGUUAAAGACACGAGCCAAUUGGAGUCUCUCUUGCCAAAAUAUUGAAUAGAAUGUGAUUCUUUGUCUGUGCCACUGUAAGUUUAGCUGAUUUGUAAAAGUCGUGACCUUAGUGUAGGCCGCGCACUGUUUAACUGAUAAUGAUAAGGGAAAUCUCCGAAGACAAGUGUUUGUUACCUAGUCAUAUCACUAGUAUAAAUAAUGAACUUUAGAAUUUGAAUUCCGUUUAAGUCUUGUAAGAUGUAGAUGAUGAUACAUAGCAUCAUCUUCAUCAGGUUAUCUCCUAUUACUAGUAUACUCGCAGGAACAGACUAUAACUCGUACCUCCUCUCUAAACAUGUAACUGUGAUGAAUUUGGUACGAUGUACCAAAACUAAAGAGUAACCAAAUGAAAUUAAUUUAGUUACAGACCAUCGACUGUAUUAUAUUGUAGUAAUGAGUAAGAUUGUUCUAUAAUUCGUUCUAAAACAUGGGGAAAAACUUAACACAAUAUAAUUUCACUGGUUCUGAAGCUUUACUCCUUGUGAAGCGUCCACUGAACGGCGGCACUAAAAGGGCCCACUGGCUCAGUCCGUCGGAUGAUAUCGGCCUGUCAGUUAGAACAAAAAAUUGACAGUUCCGAACAACUGACAUGCCGAUAUUGUCCGGCGGACUGAUAGUCAGGGGCCCCUUUGGGAUCCCUUAUGGCUUUAUUAAUAUUCUUGUUAUUUGCAUGCAGUAUCGCGAUUGUUUUUGGUGAAUUUUCUUAUUGACAUGUGUCCCACUUCUUUUAUUGCCUUGCCGUAUAUAUUUGAAUACCCGACAAGGAGGUCAGAAUAGAUACUUAAUAAAAAGGUGUUUAUAUGUGGCGCAAACGCAAUACCUGUACAGUUAUACCAUGAUCGUUACUUAAGUUUUAUCUAAAUGCUUAUUCUAUUAUUGGGUUUAAGAACAUUAUAUCCACCACAUCCGUCGUAGACACAGCCAUAAAACUGUUUAUUUAUGAUCGAGAAGAAGGAAAAUCUUCAGUCGUCAAUCUUCAUGUAUCAGUCGGAUUUUGAGCAAUAUACUUCGUGCCAAGCAAUAUAGUCAAGCAAAAGAUACAUAAAAAAAUGUGUAAUGUACAUGAAAUUGAAUAUGUAGUACCUAUAUUACUAUGAUGGACAGAAAUUACACAUUCAUACAAGUAAAAUAUCUUGAUAUGACUUUGUUUUUCUAGAUUCGCGAGCUCUCUUACAAUUUACAUGCUGUAUAGCGUAGAUCGUUUCUCAAAAUUUUAGUUUUAAGUUCAAUACGUAUUGAAUUUUUUUUUCUCUAACAUGACACGAUAUAUGAUAAAAAUGCAUCUAUCAGAAAUACAUGAACAUUGUCACAACGACUCUUAGAGACAACUCGCAUAUAAAAGUUAACAGCAUUGCGUUUACGAUUCUGAAGUCUAAUCUCGUAUUUUAUUUAAUAAGAAUAGUUUAGUUGCAUUUUUAUUUACAUGAUCCGUAAAUAAUAUAAUAGUCUUUAAGAAAAAGAAAAACUUAACGAAGUUAUUCAUAAACGCGGUACAAGACACAAUUAGCUAAUAAUCAUUUGUCUAUCUGUCAUUUUGACUUAUGUAUUUUUAAAAAGGUAUAAAACACAUAUUAGCUAAUUGAGGCUUGUAAAGUUUUAUGAAUAAAUGGGUUAGGUAUUGUAUUAAAUAAUGUAGUAAAGUGUAAAAUUAUGAGACUAACUACGACAAAUAUUUUAAGUUAGUAUUAUUACAUUACUUAUGUAAAUAUUAGAUAGUCUAUAUGCAAUUGAUAUUCUAUUAUUUGUAUAAAAAAUGCUGACCUGUAAAAACGCUUUAUAUGAUACGAUUAUUAGGCGUGGCAUAUUUGCAGAAUGUCUAAAUUAUUAAAUUUAAUUCUUUGUUAGGUUUUACAAUUUUUACAACAUGUAUUGUUAAUAUAAGUAGGGUAAACUACUCCACCCCACCAAAGUUUGGCACUUACAGCCUUAUUUUGAAGCAUUAGUGGUGUCUUUUCUUAAAAAUAUGAGUCAACGGCUCGCUGUACUGCCAUAAGGAAGCAAUUAGAGAUCUUGUUACAACCAACAAUAUGGCAAGUCUUAUUUCUCUGCAAUGUCGGCAGCAGGAAACUACUGAAACCUAGUACAAGUAAAAAUUAGGAAUUGCAGGAAAGCUAGUAGUAUAAAGCUAGUACUACGUUUAAAAUUAUAAGAUCUGUCGGUAUGGCAGUGUAAGUAGUGCAUAAAAUACCGAUAGUUUAACUAAAGUGAAAUCCGAAAUUGUUUAAUGGCAAUCAAAUUGUCGCUGGAUUGAUAAACAUGUAGAUGAAAAUACGCAAACAAACCCGUGAAAAUUUUAGACUGGGAAAAUGUGAAUGUUAAUUGAGUGUAAGUAAUGGAACCGGAUCGUAAUAAAUUUGUGCUUCCACUUUUCUCUGCAGCUGACUGUACCUAUCUAUAAAGGUAUUUUAUUGAGUUUACUCUUAUUACCCAGGAAGUUGUUGUUAUAAAUUUAUAAUUUCCUCGCAUUUAUACUUAUCAAAAUAUCAUACGGGCGUAUUCCAACUAUAACUACUGUCUUACUAUUCAUCUUCUUGUAAUUCAUUGUAAUCGAAAAUAGAUUUCGUAAUUGCAAAACAAACCGCGCAGAUAGUUAUCCUACGAAUUAUUUGUGAUUUUUUGGCAUACUACAUAUUUCUGUCGCGGGUGCGUUUAAAAAAAAAACAUUAAUUGUUUUUUUUUAUGGAAAAGUGGUAAAACCAAAAUUGAUAUUUUAAAGUUUUUUAUUGAAAUGGGUUUUGCCUAUCAUUGUAAUGCUAAACUAUGAAUUACAAACGAUUUGGUUUAAAAAAAGUUGUUAUGAUUUUAUAAAAAUGUAUAGAGCUGGAACCAUAGACAUAGUAUAAUAUAAGUAGUUAUAGACGCGCCACCGAGCGACCGGGGGUAAGAGAAAGAAUAUUCAUAUAAAAUUUGGGCAGCAUAGGAUUUUCUCUCUUCCACUCUUAUAAGUUUCGGUAUUUCGCCAUCGCCUCCUACCUAUGAUGCCACCCGGUCGGUGAUAAGGACAAAGCAUGGCACUAUUUUAGUAUUUUCUCUUUCCUCUUAUAGGAAUCGCAAUAAGACUAUCUUUCUCUAUCAAAGAGUGUCAGGCCCUUGGCUGGAACUAAAAAUCAUAACUCGACACUUUGUGCCAAUUGCCAAAUCGUCCCAAAUUCAAAAGUUACCAUAACAAUGCUGGGCAGAACCUAUUUCAAUAAAAUAAAAUAAAUAACAACUUUAGUUUCUAUGUCAAUGAGAGCCGAAUUUCAGCACACAGUGCGCCAGGGAGCCAUUAACUUAGCUUUUUGUCUUGAGGUAAUAUAUGUAACUUAAUUAAUCUCCCUAAAGCGACUAUUCACGAUGUUGGUGUACAGACCUUCUAUUUUUCUAUGUGCUAUAUCGGCUGUGGAAUACUGUAUUGUUCUACUUGUAUUGCUUAUUAAGUUCGUCUUUUUACUAGACCAUCAUACUAAUGCAACUAUGUAUAAUUGAUAUUGUUACUGGGGCUGCGAUGAAUAAAUCCAUUAUUCAAUACGUAUGAUGUGCCUAAAGUCAAGGAUCUCCUAAUAUCGGUCACCGGUAUUGUAUGUAAAACAUGGCCGUCAUUAGGGACGGACCUCCUUUAAGAUAUGUACCUAUAUAUAAGUACCAAGUAUGUGAUACUAGACUUUUGGCUAUCCGUACGAUGACAAAAGUAGAAUUUUAUAUUGUCAAAUUUAAAAAAAAUCAUGGAUUUGAA